ACUGGCACCUCCUCUUCCCGCUGUCACAACACAGCGCUGCUUGCCUGACAGCUAGCUAGCAGCCGAGGCUCUGAUGUCGGACCGCCGUGGGUAAUGUUUCUCGGAGCCAGAACCGUAGACGGAGGUUUGUGCACAACCAGCUCAUGGCGGCUGAAAUUCAGCCUCAGCCGCAGGCUCGGAAGCCUUGCCUGCUGAGCAAAAUCGAGGCUUUCCAGGAGGUUGUGAGCACAGCAGUAAUAAUUCCCAAAGAAGACGGCGUUAUCAGCGUGUCUGAAGACAGGACUAUUCGGGUAUGGUUGAAGCGAGACAGCGGUCAGUACUGGCCCAGUGUCUACCACACAAUGCCAUCGUCAUGCUCCUGCAUGUCCUUUAAUCCUGAGACCAGGACGUUGUCUGUGGGGAUGGACACUGGAAGUAUCUGUGAGUUCAUUCUGUCAGAAGACUACAACAAGAUGACCCCAGCACGCACCUACCAGGCUCACCAGGGCAGAGUGACGGUGGUGCUGUUUGUGUUGGAGAUGGAGUGGCUGCUGAGCACAGGGCAGGACAAAACUUCACCCUGGCACUGCUCGGAGAGCGGCCAGCAGCUGGGGACAUAUCGCACCGCAGCUUGGGUCUCAGGACUACAGUUCGAUGUGGAGACCAGACAUGCCUUCGUAGGGGAUCAGUCCGGUCAGGUGACCAUCCUGAAGCUGGAGCAGGACAGCUGCAGUCUGGUCACCACCUUCAAAGGACACACUGGUAAUGUGACAGCGCUGUGUUGGGACCCGGUCACGAGGGUAUUGUUCUCCGGAAGCUCGGAUCACUCCAUCAUCAUGUGGGACAUCGGCGGACGCAAAGGCACCGCUAUCGAACUGCAAGGACACAAUGACAAAGUUCAGGGCUUGUGCUAUGCCUCACACACCCGUCAGCUCAUCUCCUGCAGCUCAGAUGGAAGCAUCGUCAUCUGGAACAUGGACGUAACACGGCAAGAGACCCCAGAAUGGCUGGACAGCGACUCCUGUCAGAAGUGUGAGCAGCCUUUCUUCUGGAACUUCAAACAGAUGUGGGACAGUAAGAAAAUUGGCCUACGGCAGCACCACUGCAGGAAGUGUGGCCAGGCAGUGUGCGGCAAGUGUUCGUCCAAACGCUCCACCAUCCCCCUCAUGGGGUUCGAGUUUGAGGUGCGCGUGUGUGACAGCUGCCACGAGUCCAUCAGUGACGAGGAUCGAGCACCCACGGUCACCUUCCACGACAGCAAGCACAGCAUUGUUUACAUGCACUACGAGCCCACCACUGGAAACCUGCUCACCUCUGGCACAGACAAGGUCAUCAAGCUAUGGGACAUGACUCCUGUGGUGUCCUGAGAUCUGUGGACAGCACGCGGUCAGCAGAAAUCUCUGUUUGAUAACCUGUCGUGGUGGCAGUACCACUUGGAAGAGAAACAGGGAAGGACCUCCAACAGGACUGAUGUCAUCUGGAAAAUAUUUAACAGUUAUUUGACGACUAGCGGUGGCUGUUGAACAUUUACAGUGAGGAUACUGCAGGCCAGUGACGCCUGAGAACCAUACAGGCUUUGGCUGACACAAGGUUACAGAAAGCUGUUGGUGUCUGCAUGUGUGGAGAAUGCUGAUGGACUGUGGAUCUCUCUGUGUAUGUGUGUCUGUGCAGUGUGGGAAAGGUAGAGGCAUUUCACUUUGUAAGUAAUUGGCACACCUCGUUUACUUAAUUUCCAUGCAUUCCUUGCCCAGUUUCAUACUGGAAACUCAAAACAGUCAUAUGAAACCUGUGCGCGCUGCAGGAACUUGCCAAACCCAAACUUUACAUUCUGUAGAUGUGACGCACGUUGCUAAACAAACUGGCAAAAUCAAAUGUGCUGCAGAUCCUUAACAAAACAGGAGCUGAUCAUUUUCAUAGCAGAUUUACAUCUGCCAGCCUGCACCAGCAGCAUUUCAGACCUGCACGUGUUCUUUGUUUCCCUCUGCAGGCGAAGAGCGUAACUGACACUUGAACCACCUAUAAAAGUUUUGGCUACAUUUUUUUCUGUUUUCUUUUCACUAUAUUCCAUUUAGCGUUAGAAACUUGCCACCUAUUUGCUGUCACAGUGGACUGGUGAUUUGAAAUUCAUGUUAUGGUCAUAGAAUGACGUGUUUUUCAUGCAUGAGUUUGAACUGGCUUUAACACACUGACAUUUUCAGGGGGAUGUCCCUCAGACCCUCGUUGUCAUUAUAAACACAGACUGAUAAUACAAGUGUUUCUAGUUAAAAUAACACCAAAGCAUAAGCAUCCAUCUGCCCAUUUAUCUCACAGACCUCUUUUCUUUUUUUGUUUUUAUGUUUUGAUAUUUUUCCACAUAUUUCAUUUAGUUUUUUUUUUGUUUUAAAUCUAGUUAGUGAUGCAGAAUGGCACCUGGCAAGUGUCUAAGAGCAGAAAAUCCAAUAUGGUCACAGUAAACACUGAACACUGAGGUGUUUUACAGGUUAACGUGUAAAAUAUAAAACCUAAAAUAAAAAUACAGACAAGCAGCCACUAUAACAAAGAAAUAAGAGCAUGUCAUUAAUAUGUCUGCAGGUUUAUUGGCUGAUCCGUUUCUCAGAUGCUUCACGUCACUCACAUUGUGUGUGCUUGUUAUAGAAAUCACAUGCUUUCUAAAAGCGUCUGGUCUGCUAUCAGUAUCUGAGUGAGCGCUGAACCCUUCAAUUGAGGCUCUAUCUUAAGCUGCUGCUCCUUAUGUCAACCACUAGAGGGAAAAAGUAGCCUUGAGACGACAUUGAAAACAGCUUUAGUCCACAUUUAUUUUAAAAGGGUUGUGAAUGGAAGCAAACUCAAAGGGAGCGUAGUUCAUGUGUUUUUUUUCUGUCUUCUGUACUCACUGUGAGGCUGGUGCGCACACACGUGGAGGCCUUUAGAAACCACAGGUGUUGAUGCAUUCAGUACAGUGAGGGUUAAAAAAGGAACAAAACUGGAUAUCGUGCAGAUCUUUUGACUUUUUCAUGCUGCAAAAUAUCUCUAAAAUCAGGGGGAAUGGAUGCAGCAGUAAGAAUUGCAGCCUCUUUGGUUUGCACUGUCUACUCAAAGUAACGUCACAAAGCUUUGGUAUCGUCUCAGAAGUUAUAAUAAACUGAGAGUUCAGGUUUACUUGAGCUAAAGACUGAGCAAGAAAUCAAAAAGCAUACAAGGUUAGGUCAUCUUCAAGGAUACUGAUGAUAAUGCAGACUCUUGUUGUAGUGUAAGUACGCACAGUGUUUAUCUAAAUCCACUGCUGUGUAGAGUGCACCUUUCAGAUUGUGUAAUCUAGCAUUGAACCAGUUUACUUUUUUUUUUUUACUUCCUGUCCUUUCAGCAGCAGAGCCAUUUUCUGAGAUUAUUUAUGAUUCUAUGUGUGGUUUAAACAUUUCUGACAUCCAAGAACACAUAUCAAGCAAAGUGGCAGCACACACACACACACACACACGUACCAGAACUGAAAGUAAGCUAAUGAACACGGUUUGCAUUGAUUUGUUUCCUUUGUUAAUGUUUUUAAACACCUCAAUACUGACUUGACUUUGUUACUGAUGCACUGGAAUCAAGAAGCAAAAAUAUCUCAAAUCCAUGCUGUGAAGACAAAAUAUGUCUUUUGUUAUCAUCACAUUUGUGCUUUAAUGAUCUGAUCAGCCUGUAACUAUUCUUGACUUUACAACCACAAAUAAACCUAUAUGUCGAGCAGCUGUUUACUCAUGAAUGUGAGACUUUAGGUACUUUAAAGGUCCACACCAAUGUUUCAGCUCUGUUUUUUCUGACCACUUUCAAAUGCGUGGCAAGCUCAUUUAUUCUCACUCCACAUCGAAGCUAAUGUCAUUUGGUAAUUUUGAUGCCUGAAACAGGAGCACUACAAAAAUCCAAAGAAUUGCAACAGGACAGCUUGUCUUGCUGAGAUCAUGUAAAGUGCAUGUGGAAAUGAAAAAAAAUAAAUAAAUAAUUGUUGUAGUCUGAUGAUGUAAAAACCCAGGCUGCACAGGAGAUGCAUAUCCUGCAUGUAGGAUAUUAAACAGGGUUGCUGCAUUCAAAAUGAAUGAAUGCAAGAAAUCCAUCGUUGGCCAGUGGUCUGUUUUUCUGUCACAGAAACGAAAACAAGCAUUGUUGUGUCCAUUAAUGUGAUUGUGUGUGUAAAUUACAUAUUAAAAGAGGAGGUAUUUACCUACUCAGUCAUA